ACCGCCAGAAGCUGUUGAAAGGCAGCAUUUCCACUGCAAGAAUCCCUCUCCUGGUCGCAAGGAAGUCUAAGUCAGACCACCGGCCGGCAAUUUGAGUAAGAAUUCCCUUUCGCCGAACGGGUUUCCGACACACUUUCUUUAGUUCAACUGUGUGGAGCACAGCACCUAUCUGCCCAGCAUGCCGUCUGCUUCUUUCUUGCACCUGUCUCUCCCGAGCUCUUCAGCCUCCGCUGCGGCGAUCGGAAACUCCGGCGUUUCUGCGACUGUCGGCCCUGUCGUGUUGUUCUCCGUGCUCGAUCACUACCUUCGCCGAACUGAGAACCAGGAGAGAGUUAUUGGGGCGCUUUUGGGAGUAAGGAGCGAGGAUGGUUCGGAAAUUGAGAUCCGGAACUGCUUCCCAUUGAGCGUGAAUGAGGUCGGAGAUCAACAGGUUGUGAUUGACACGGACCAUCUCACACAAAUGUACACACUACACCAACGUGUGCAAUCGCGCGAGACCAUCGUCGGAUGGUACGCAACUGGACAGGCGCUGAACGCCAACAGUGUCUGGAUCCACGAAUUCUUCGCGAAUGAGACGUCUCCUCAUGCCCCUAUCCACCUGCUCGUUGAUGCCAACCUCAACCCCUCCCAACAACAAAUCGUCUCUGCCUUCGCCUCCAGCCCCGUCGGAGUUCCCGACUCUGAAAACAUGGGGUCCAUGUUCAUCCGUGUGCCUUGCAAUGUCAAAUACUCUCCAGCAGAGAAGAGCUCUUUGGACCUCAUGAUGACCAACGGAACAACCGACGCACCCCUUGUUAGCGAGAUUGACUCCCUGGAAGACACAAUUGAGCGUGUUCUGCGGAUGAUCGAACAGGUUCAGUCUUACGUGGAUGCCGUUGUAGCUGGAAAGGAGGUUGGGAACAAGACGCUGGGACGGUAUCUGAUGGAUAUGGUUGAGAGCGUACCGGUCGUCAAAGCGAAGGAAUUCGAGCAACUAUUCAACGGACAUCUGCAGGACAUGCUCAUGGUCGUGUACCUUGCCAACCUGACCAGGACGCAGCUCGCCAUUGCAGAACGAUUACACAAGAUGAUGUAGAUCGCCUCCACUCCCCCCAAAGCGACGUAAUGACAGACGGGCCGCCUCACUGUAGAGCAGCUAGAACCUCCCUAUAUGCAUGCCAACGGCGCAUCAUCCUUCAGCCGGGUGUCGUCGGAGAUGUUUGAAGCCCUUUGCACGCUCUGUGUCUUCCAUUCCCCACUAUAUAUUCGCAUAGUCCCUUCCUCUCGCCAUUUGCUUGCUUGCAUGUAUAGUUCCCGAUAGCCUCCGCACAUAAAUAGCGAUACCAGCCUAGAUGGAAAUCUUGACCUGUCCUGUUUCUUGUAGGUGCUGGGCGUAGGUACGGCGGGACUCUGUUGUGCAAAGUGGGCUCUAGAUUCAACUUGCACAACGGGCGCUGAAAAUCC